AUGAUUAUUCCGGUAAAUGAUUUGUUAGCAUUUCAGGCGUUCGAUGAUUAUCCUAAAUCAUUUGGUGAUAUCAUUCUUAAAUAUUAUGUUUUCAGGGAUACUUUAGUAUUUUGUCAGGUUGACCCGUUAAGAGUUGCUGAUUUACAAAAUUACGUUUAUGAAAAGAUAACUGAUGAAAAUUAUGAAAAGAUUAUGAAUCAUGUUUAUAAAUAUGAUCGCAAAUUCCAACAAAUCGGACUUCCUACCAAAUUAAUUACAAGCUUAGCCGCUACAUCUGCUGACGCAACAGUUGAUAACGUUAUUAUUUCAUGCACAAAGAUGGAAGUUUUAGAGGAUAAAUGCAUUACACCAGGAUACGGUUUAAUUGAAGAAUCAGUUAAAGCAAUACCACGUUUAUUCAGUAAGGAAGAUCCAUUCAUGAUUCCAGCUCAACAUAUUGACGUUCGUUCACUAAAUGGAGGUUGCAUCACUCCUGAAGGUAUCAGCUCAGAUUUCUCAUACGCUCUUCAUAAUGUUACAGAUGUUGUGUUAACAUUUCCGAAGAAUGCAAUGCAAAGAACAGUUUUAGAAAUCCAAUGCUUCGAGGUCUUCAGGUCACUAUAG